AUGGCGCCUUUACUGGGAGAUACGGUGUUUGAAAUCAGUGGCCAAGGCCCUUCGCCCUCCGAUGACUUCUUCCAGCUUCUUGUUACAAAAAAACAAAAUCCUCCUGAAGGAUUGACAAAUGUGUCCAGAGAUGCCACCUUGGACACCACUUUUCCUGCAGAAAUAAGGGAAAACUACCAAGACUUUUUGCUCUAUCCCAGUCUUCAGAGUGAGAUAGCCUCUGAAAACCAGGUGAUGGUCGGAACCAGUAUCCUGCAAUAUGCCCAGCAUCUGUGCCAGGGGCAGUUUGACUCCCUGGACUGCCUGCCUGAUGCCCCACUGCUGCAGAUAAUGGUCCUCCCUGGAUAAGAGGAUCUCUUGCAGCUCUGGUGCACCUCAGACAGCUGUGUGAUUCCAGACAAUUUUGGGAGCAGAUGGCCAGAGAUCCC